AUGCUCCUCCCGCGCGCUUAUCUUGGCCUCAUCAAAAGUACCCCUGGGAAGAGGACAGCUGGGGUGACAAGAUUGCUGAACCCCCAGCAUGGAGCCCCUCUCAGCCCGAGGGCGUGUGGUAUGCUGGGAACGGUGGUUGCAAAAUAUGGAAACCAAGCUGACUGUUUCUGGCGUCAGUGCGACGCAGCAGAGCUCGCGUCUCCGGUUGCUGGGGCCGCUGUGGGUUCCCAUGGGCGCUCUGACAGGCCCAAGGAGGUGAGCGACCAGCCCCGCUGUGGCCUCGCCUGGCUACCUCCAGCCCCUUCCUCCCCCCAGCACAACCUCUCCUCCCACCACACGGGAAAGGGGGCGCCGAGGCGGUGGUCGCCGCGCCGCGCGCCUCCCCCACCAGCCUUUGUCGCCGCCGCGCUUGGUCGUUACCGAACCCCCACCCCCGCCCUGACCGCGGGCGCUCUCCCUAACUCCCUCCUUCCCGGCCCCCCGCAGCUCCUCCAAGGCCUUGGUCAGGAGUUCGCGCCUACCAGGACGCCUCAAAUCCACGGGCAGUUUGUCUCCUCGCGCGCUAACAACUUUCUCUGUUUAAUGCGAGCGCGGGGGAGGGAGGCGGCCAAACUUUCCGCGGAGCAGAAAGGCAGCGGCGGGCCGCGCUGCCGCCCCGGCCUGCUCUUCGGUGCUAAUCCCUUCAGAGGCCGUAUUUUAGAUAUCCCCUGUAAAGUGUGCGGCGACCGCAGCUCGGGGAAACACUACGGGGUCUACGCGUGCGACGGCUGCUCGGGGUUUUUCAAACGGAGUAUCCGCAGGAACAGGACGUAUGUCUGCAAAUCUGGAAACCAGGGAGGCUGCCCGGUGGACAAGACACACAGAAACCAGUGUAGGGCGUGUCGGCUGAAGAAGUGUUUGGAAGUCAACAUGAACAAAGAUGCGGUGCAGCACGAGCGGGGGCCUCGGACAUCCACCAUUCGCAAGCAGGUGGCUCUCUACUUCCGUGGACAUAAGGAAGAGAACGGGGCGGCGGCGCACUUCCCCUCGGCAGCGCUGCCCGCGCCAGCCUUCUUCACCGCAGUCACGCAGCUGGAGCCGCAUGGCUUGGAGCUGGCCGCCGUGUCCGCCACCCCAGAGCGGCAGACUCUCGUGAGUCUGGCUCAGCCCACGCCCAAGUACCCCCAUGAAGUGAAUGGGACCCCAAUGUAUCUGUAUGAAGUGGCCACAGAGUCAGUGUGUGAAUCAGCUGCCAGGCUUCUGUUUAUGAGCAUCAAGUGGGCUAAGAGUGUACCAGCUUUCUCCACGCUAUCUUUGCAGGACCAGCUGAUGCUUUUGGAAGAUGCUUGGAGAGAACUGUUUGUUCUAGGAAUAGCACAAUGGGCCAUUCCGGUUGAUGCUAACACUCUACUGGCUGUAUCUGGCAUGAAUGGUGACAACACAGAUUCCCAGAAGCUGAACAAGAUCAUAUCUGAAAUACAAGCUUUACAAGAGGUGGUGGCUCGGUUUAGACAACUCCGGUUAGAUGCUACCGAAUUUGCCUGUCUAAAAUGCAUCGUCACUUUCAAAGCUGUUCCUACACAUAGUGGUUCUGAACUGAGAAGUUUCCGGAAUGCUGCCGCCAUCGCAGCCCUUCAAGACGAGGCUCAGCUAACCCUCAACAGCUACAUCCAUACCAGAUAUCCCACUCAACCCUGUCGCUUUGGAAAACUCCUGUUGCUUUUGCCAGCUUUACGUUCUAUUAGUCCGUCAACCAUAGAAGAGGUGUUUUUCAAAAAAACCAUCGGCAACGUGCCAAUUACAAGACUGCUUUCAGAUAUGUACAAAUCCAGUGACAUCUAAGCCCUGAGUCCCCACUUUUCAGGAUGGGGCAGUAUUUGAUGAACUUCUACCCACGGAGAACAAGCCUCAACUAACAAACCCUUCAGGAAGCAUAAACCUGGGAAUGUGUAGCCUUCAGGAAAAAAAAAUGCCAAUUGACACAAAACCGUUCCAGUGGCUUUGACCUACUGCCUCGCCCAGGGUAGGGCAGCCGGGAAAGA